CCGAGGCGCGAUGAAGGAGAAGUCCAAGAAUGCGGCCAAGACCAGGAGGGAGAAGGAAAAUGGCGAGUUUUACGAGCUGGCCAAGCUGCUCCCGCUACCAUCGGCCAUCACCUCGCAGUUGGACAAGGCGUCCAUCAUCCGACUCACCACGAGCUACCUGAAGAUGCGCGCCGUCUUUCCCGAAGGUUUAGGAGACGCGUGGGGACAGCCCAGCCGCGCGGGGCCCCUGGACAGUGUCGCCAAGGAGCUGGGAUCGCACUUGCUGCAGACUUUGGAUGGAUUUGUUUUUGUGGUAGCGUCUGAUGGCAAAAUCAUGUAUAUUUCGGAAACAGCUUCUGUACAUUUAGGCUUGUCCCAGGUGGAGCUCACGGGCAACAGCAUUUAUGAGUAUAUCCAUCCUUCGGACCAUGAUGAGAUGACGGCUGUCCUGGCAGCCCACCAGCCUCUUCACCAUCAUUUGCUCCAAGAGUAUGAGAUCGAGAGGUCAUUCUUUCUUCGAAUGAAGUGUGUCUUGGCGAAAAGAAACGCUGGCUUGACAUGCAGUGGAUACAAGGUCAUCCAUUGCAGCGGCUACCUGAAGAUCAGGCAGUAUAUGCUGGACAUGUCCCUGUACGACUCGUGCUACCAGAUCGUGGGGCUGGUGGCUGUGGGCCAGUCGCUGCCGCCCAGCGCCAUCACCGAGAUCAAGCUGCACAGCAACAUGUUCAUGUUCAGGGCCAGCCUCGACCUGAAGCUGAUAUUCUUGGAUUCCAGGGUGACAGAGCUGACCGGGUACGAGCCUCAGGACCUGAUUGAGAAGACCCUGUACCAUCACGUGCACGGCUGUGACGUCUUCCACCUCCGCUACGCGCACCACCUCCUGCUGCUGAAGGGCCAGGUCACCACCAAGUACUACCGGCUGCUGUCCAAGCUGGGCGGCUGGGUGUGGGUGCAGAGCUACGCCACCGUCGUGCACAACAGCCGCUCCUCCCGGCCGCACUGCAUCGUGAGUGUCAAUUAUGUCCUCACGGAUAUCGAGUACAAGGAAUUGCAGCUGUCCCUGGACCAGGUGUCCACGUCCAAGUCCCAGGACUCCUGGAGGACCGCCUUGCCUACCUCACAAGAAACUAGGAAGUUAGCUAAGCCCAAAAACACGAAGAUGAAGACGAAGCUGAGAGCAAACCCUUACCCCACACAGUACGGCUCGUUCCAAAUGGACAAACUGGAGUGCGGCCAGCUCGGAAGCUGGAGGGCCAGCCCCCCUGCCCACGGCCCGGCUCCCCCAGAACAGCAGCUCCAUUCAGAAGGCAGCGACCUUCUGUACGCCCCAUCCUACGGCCUGCCCUUCUCCUACCACUACGGACCCUUCCCUCUGGACUCUCACGUCUUCAGCAGCAAGAAGCCUGUGCUGCCGGCCAAGUUCGGGCAGCCCCAGGGACCCCCGUGCGAGGUGGCGCGCUUCCUGCUGAGCACCCUGCCAGCCGGCGGCGAGUGCCAGUGGCACUACGCCAGCCCCCUAGUGCCGGGCAGCCCGUCUCCGGCUAAGAGCCUUUCCGAGCCGCCGGUGAACCCUGCUCGGCACAGCCUGAUGCCAAACUAUGAAGGUGGGUCCUGUUUACACGAGGGGUGCGGGCAGGACAGUGGACGGCAGUGGCGGUGGGUGGCAGACGAAGAAAGAAUGCCCAGGCUCUGGGCAAACACGCCUUUCCUUCUGCCUCUGAGCGGGAGUGGCCGUGCCUUCCCGCCCUCACUGCGAGCACUUCCCGAGGCUGCAACCAUGCCCGUGUGCCUCGUGGGCACCAGGGACGGUGGAGAUGGGGUGUUGGGCCACCCUCCCUAAAAGUCCCGGACCCCCUUUGCUCCCUAAAAGGGAGGCAACAUGAUUUUCCUAUAUGGUUUCCCAGGUGGUGUUAGUGGUUAAAAAAAAUCUACCUGCCAGUGCAGGAGACACAAAAGAUGCAGGUUCGAUCCCUGGGCUGGGAAGAUUCCCCUGGAGAAGGAAAUGGCAAUCCACUCCAGUAUUCUUGCUCCGGGGAAAUCCCAUGGACAGAGGAGCCGGGCAGGCUAUGGUCCAUGGGGCCGCAGAAAGUCGGACAUGACUGAGCAGUUUAGCACAGCACAUGUAUCCCAAGAACCCCCAAGUGUAUUUAUUUUAUGAUUACUUUCUACUCCACCCCAAAAUGAGCACGAGACACUAUUGGUUUUCUUCUCAUGCCAGUUUUCAAAGCGUGGGAAGCAGUGGUGGAAAAUCACGGGCUUGGACAGAAAUGCCGAUGCCCACCCUAAGGCAAACUGCACAGGUCCUCCAGGACUCAGUUUCUUCAUCUGUAAGAUGGGAGCAUGAGCCACGUGGAUCAUACCUACCACAGGGCUUGGCAGGCAGACAGGAUUGGCCAUCCAGCGAGCAGCCAAGCAGAGGUCCUCUGUGGAGGUUUCACCAGCUGCCCCCAGGUGCAGACAGGCCCCUGCUUCCUUCCCGUGACAACCCCAGGCAGAGGGUAAGAGGAGGGGGUGGAGGGUUAGCUGCCACUCAGACCUGAGACUGUAGAGACUGUAGACCAGGUUUGUGCACGAGUCCCACAGGACCACUGAAGGCUGGGGAGACGAUACAAGCCCCCCGAAGAGUGACCUGCCUGGUGUCCCCUCCUCUUCUUCGCUCUUUGGAGGCAGGUUGGGCUCUGCUGCUCCUACAGCUGCUGAGCAAACUUCUUGCCCUGUGCUGCACCCCAGUCUUCACAAGCCUUUGAGAUACAGAAGAAGAGGGCUGGUGACAUUCUCAGAGAUUACCAGGACGUGUUUUUUAAAAGUAACCAGUUCAGAAAACAAUAUGCCAGCAACCAGGGCAGGGCAGGCCUGAGCUUUGCAUUCCUAAUAACCAUCAGUGCACCGGGUCCCCCAAAUAACCACAG